UAGACGUUAACAGCAGAUUUCCGACAUUGCUUGAAGGCAUCAUUAGUCCCUCCUCUCUUCGCUGAGCUGGUGCGGCUGCGCGGUGCGGCGUUGCUGGUGCUGCUGGAAACUUUGUAUCACUCUUUACAUCUUGACGAAGAUAUCACUCGAUAAUGUCACAUCUCACGGAAGACAAGCUGUUUCCGACCGUAAGCUGGUGACAGGGGGAAGGGGACAUGGCUGGUUUAGUCGCUCCUCAUCACCGAGCCGGCGCACCCGGGGUCCGGGGUCAGUUUGUACCGAAGCUAGCCGGAGUUCCUGCCGCUGGACACUGCGUACUAGCCUAACCAGUCCACCACCUAUAAUAACAACUCCUCAAUAAGACUGUCUAGCAUGAUGCUCACACUCUAACAAGAGGACAAUUCUCAUAUCUGGAUUGGAUUGAUCUGUCACCAUGUCUGACCAAAACUACUAUUGGACCGUGUUACCGAGCUACAAAACUAGUUUUGUGACUGGGGCCAUGAUGAAAAGAUCAAAAAGUUCUCGUAACAACAAAAGAAGGAGUUUGGCAGUCGGGACCCCGUCGCCCACGCUCUCACGACCCCUUUCACCUCUCCCACUUGCCACAGCUGGCAGCAGCCCUUCAGAAAGCCCCAGAAAUGUCUCUGCCAGCACCUCUGCCAAUUUCCAGUUUGCCCGCAGCCAACUGGCCCGCAACGAAAGGGUGUAUCGUUGA